CGACGAGAGAGAUAGGCGACCCUACAGGUCGUCGGUGAAGUGUUUUUAAUGCGAUGAGCUGGGCCACUAUGCGAACCAAUGUCCCUAUCGAGAAAGACGGCAGUACUCCAACAGACCGUCCACGUCAGCGGACUCAAGGCGAUCACGAUCUCCAAGGAGAUAUGAAACUCGGCGGAGAGAGUUUUCUCCGAAGAAGGGACCGGACCUGCAAGAUCAAAUGGCUGAUCUCGCUAAGGGAAAGACUACGAUGAAGGAACACUUCGAUCAAGUGCGGACCAAGAAGGAAGAGAAGGCACGACGGAAACUCGAGAAGGAACGUGCCAAGGAAGCGGAGAGAUUAAGAAUUGAAGAGGAGGAAGCACGUUCGGCGCAGGAGGAAGCACGACGUGAAGCCAAGAAACGGAGGAAGGAAGAGAAGGCCAAGCAGGAAGCUACCUUGAAAGCUGCUUUGAAGAAAGACGUCACCAUGCACGUAGCCAUGUUGAUGAGCGAGAUCAAGGACGAUUGGAUACGACAGUGGAAGACUACGGUUCUUCCUACACUCACAGGAGGGGGAUGCGAUGUGAAGGGGAAGAAACAGGUCAAAUUUGAGAAAGAGGAGGGUAGUGGGACGGAGUGCAGCAGUGAAGGGAGCGAGAUGAGCGUGAUGCAAGAACUGAGCGAGAAGACCGAGCGCCUGUGUAUUACCGAAAAGAGGAAGAGAACGGAGGAUUUGUCGUUUGCCGAUAGUCCUCCUAUGGAAGCGCCUCCGAAGCGAACCCCUAAUCGGGGGGUGGUCAGAUUUGGUGAACCGAGUCCACGCACUACACGUGCCAGAACGAAAGGAGCCCGUACUCCGAUUCCAGCAAAAAGGAGAUCACCCAUCAAGACACCAUUAUUGAAGUUUACAAAGAAUCGCAAACAAUCUCCUCCAAGCGGGAAGCUGACGCCCGCUAGUAAGUCGUUGACUCGACUCCGGCUUCGUGAUGCAAUCAUGCGAGAAUUGAAGGAUUGCAACGCUGAAGAACUUCAGCGCUUCUGUAAAGACGAAGGCAUCCAAUAUGGAGGUAAGAUUGACGCCAUUUUCGAUCUUGCCGAGCAUCGUUCCAGCGGCAGUUUCCUUGUAACACUCCAUCAUCCGAAGUUAUUCGAAUUAGCGAUUCUAUCGAAACCCAGGCAAGCGAGUCAACGGAGAAUCAGGAGUGAUGUGACAUUCGUCCCGUCCACUGGCUGAAAAUAUGUCGAGCAGAACUACCCUUUCCUGGGUAGUGUACAGGUGUCCAGGAACAAAUCGAGCAUCUGGUC